GUCCAAUAAAUGUCAUCUUAUCUACUGUAUUUUACGGUCUUCUUCGCGUUGUACUUGCAUUGUGCUUUUGCCCGGGUAAUAAAAAUACACUGUUAGGAAGGAAAUCUCUAGGUGAGAGACCGAGGUACCAAUCGCCGAUACGAAGCUAAAGCAUGACAGCCUUUGUCAUGUCUGGCUUUGCGUGCCACGGCAACAGUGAUUGCGACCCUCUCACUUGGGCGGUCAACCAGCUUCAGAUUGAGUCACAUCCGAUGCAGCCUCAAGCGUUGUAUGAUGCAGGAAUGGUUUCUCUAGACAGUUUAGAUACAUAUAGUGUAUCAGUCACACCUUAUGGAGAGCUUAUCACAUGUCUGAUCUGCAAAGUGACCUGCUGUGGGCGUAUUCCAUACUCACAACAUUUGCAAGGCGCACUGCACCGUAAGCGAUCUAAUCACCAAGAACCUACUUCCUGCUCCAUAUGCGACAAACAUUUCUGCUCAUCAGACGAGUUGAAUCUACAUUUAUCUGGUGUAAAACACCGUAAAAAGGCUUUACUUGCUUCUUCAACUGCCACUGCAAAUGAGAUGGCUAGCGGUACCUUCAAGUGCAUUCCGUGUAACUUAGAAUGUUCAUCACAACUUCAACUGUCGGAUCAUCUGAAGGGACGGAAACACCUAAAGUGCAUCAAGUUUAAAUCGGCCGAUUGGAACUGUGAUGUACUAUUGCCUUCCGCUCUGACGAGUACGCAUUCGACGUCAGAAGAUUGUACAGCGUCAGUAGGUCAGAAGGGACGGCCUUUUGCGACGAACACUUCUAAAUCACUCUGCAGCAAAAGCGAAGAUCUGUUUGAACGCCUGAUAGCCCUUGAGUCGGCUAUCCAAAACAGCUCUUCCCACUCUCUUCCUUCACUUCAACACUGUUACAAAGAAUCAGAUAAUUUGUCGAACGAAUUGUGCACAUUAUCAUCUGGAAUCGCACGAAGCCCUCCUUGGACCACCCCCACAAAUACUAGUACACAACGUGACGUCCCAUUUUGUAAACAUCGGACGUGUAUCGUUCACCGCGCGCUUCUGAGCUAUGAACUGACGUUGGCAAAGGUACCAGAUUCCACAAAAUCCGAAAAGUAGAGUUUGCACAAUGGGGUUCCACCUUCCCUUCUCCUUUGCAUUUAUGCACGGCGUUUAUUUCACGUUCCUUUGUUGUACCUCUCCCAAGUUCACUUGUAUACAGUUAAAAAUCAAUGUUUAUUUGUUCAUUGCCAAUUUUUAUUAAAGUCGCAGUAUUUCAUUCA